GGUCGCUAGUGAGCUCAGCAGGAUCGGCGCAAGCGCCAUCUUCCUGUUAUUUCAGUGACACGGGAGCCCGGCUGCGACAACAGCGGGGCAGGCGCUGGGCUGCCCCUGCACAGCCCUCGCCUCCCCGCUGCGCUCUGCCCUGCGCUCAGCCGGCCCAGCUACAGCUGCACGUCCUCACUGCACGCUCCUGAGAUGGCAGAUGGCAGCUGCCAGCCCCAGCCUGGGGACCUGAUCGAGAUCGACCGACGUGUUUACCAGCACUGGGCCCUCUACCUGGGGGAUGGAUAUGUCAUCAAUGUGACACCUGUAGAUGAAGGAUCCCCAUCCCUGUCAGUGAGCACCACAUCAAUAUUCACCCGAAAGGCCAAGGUGAAGAAACAGCUCCUGAAAGAGGUGGUGGGAAAUCAUAAAUGGCAUGUCAACAACAAGUAUGACCGCUCCCGCACUCCUCGUCCUGUGAAGGAGAUCAUCCGGAGAGCUGAGGAAUGGAUUGACAGGGAGGUGCCAUAUGAUGUGCUCGGCAGCAACUGUGAGCACUUUGUGACAGAGCUCCGCUAUGGAGAGGGAGUUUCUGAGCAGGUCACUAAAGUAGUUAUUGGUACUAUGGCAGCUGUAGGAGGUGUCAUUCUUGCUGGUCUGGCUGCUGCUGUUGUGAAGGGCUUCUCUGGUAAAUCCAAUAAAGAGCGAAACUGCUAGUGAUGGGCUGUCACGAAGAGCUCAGGCCAAUGCAGGAGCAUCCGCUGGCCGCAGCAGUCACUGGUCAGUUUUUACUACACUUGCCAUCAAGGUUUCCUAGCAACUGUGCCUUUCUGGAAACAUUAAAGAAGCCUUAAUAAAGUGUCAGAAACCCAAACUUUAUUUGCCCCCAACCCUCUUUAAUCUAAGUAUAACUUUGCAUCUAAGUUCGUUUGGUCUUACUUUUCCCAGCUAUGUCAUUAAGAAAUAAAAAGUCAGGAUUAGCAUCAUUUAAGGUGACCUCCAGCAGCGCUAACCUGGUUGCUAUAUAUGCUUUUUUUCCUUGCCUAUGAUGAUUUUUGUGGUAGUCUGGGUGCGUUUGCACUGGUGCAGGCUUUUCAUUCAUUUUCAUCAAUUGGUUUCCAUAGGCUUUUUCUGUGUAUCAUGAUUUUAACCACAACUUU